CUUCCAUCCAAUGGAAGACAUGUGCAUUGGUUGUGGUAGUGCAUGUGAGGGGUUAAUUUAUUUUUAUUGCCUGCAUUCCUGAGCUCUGCAAAGAGAAGUGACUUCAGGCAGGUCACUAACCAACACAGUGUUUUGCAGGCUGCCUGUCCCUUUAAGAAGAGGAGGCAGCUUGUCCUUACAAGGCAACCGUGCAGGAAACAGCCUAUUGCUAGCUCUGCAGAGCUUCCCCUGGCACUGCAUUGCAGAGCCUUUUCCCCAGGAAGGCAGAGCACCCAGGGGGAUUCCCUCUGAGCCAUGCACAUCCUUCCACCAUAUUCUGCAAACUGAGAGAUCCUUGUAAACAGCCCAUGGGCCAGUCUGCAUGGCAGCCCCCCUGCAGCACACUGCUCUGCAAUGCUCUGACUCACACUGCAUGCUGCUCUGCUGACCAUGCAGCACAUUGCACAGCCAGAUUCCUGCAGCACUCUGGAACUGCACUCAAAGGGCCAUUCCUCCUGCUGCAGAGCAUGCUCCUGAGAAAGCACCCUGCCUGCUCUGCACAGAGCUUCUAACUCCCCAUUGAAAGCUGAUUGCAGCAGGUCAUGUUUCAUUCAAAGCUCCCAUAUGGGACAAUGCAGAGAUCCCUGCUGUGACCUGGGACACACUGUGACUCCCCCCCUCUCAGGAGAACCUUGGAUUUAAAGUGCAUCCUGCACAUGAAUCUGCUGUCACUGGCCAGUCCUGUUUCCCAGGUCUGGAGACACUUGUACUGAAUACAUAACUCUGCCUUACGCCGUUGCAUACAUUUUUUUAGAAAGGGUUACACACAUCCCCCGACUUUGGUUUCCUGUAGUGGUGGGGGAGUAACACGUUUUGUGUUUUAUGACUGCAUUUAGAUAGUCACAAAUCCCAAGCGAUGAACACCUAGCUCCAGCUAUGAUAUCCGUACCCAAUCUGCUCCGCAGGGGCUGCGCAAUGUCCUCCGGCCUUCGUCACUGCACGCCGCGCAACUCUGCCACCGCUUCUGGCCCCAGGCGCCUCCGUGUGCUGGUAGACAUGGACGGGGUGCUUGCAGACUUUGAAGGGGGCUUUCUGAAGAAGUACCGAAGCCGCUACCCCAGUGAGCCAUACAUUGAAUUGGAAGACCGCCGAGGAUUCUGGGUAUCGGAACAAUAUGAAAAUCUGAAGCCAGGGUUACGCGUAAGUCAUUGCGUUCUGACAAAUAAAUGCUUGUUUGAAUUUUACAGGGAAUCUUCCGAAUAAAUAUUUAUAAUUUUAUUAUAGUUACAGAGAAAUUUGCAUGGUAUUAGUAAUUCAGCAUUUAAAAGAUUAAUCUUCAUUAGUUUGUUUAAACACCCUUGAUAUAUAAUUUUUGUUACAAUAACUUAGUAAUUAACUAAAGUUAAUAUACUCUGUUUUGGGGUACAAUAACCAAAAUAUUAAUGUACCCCCAAAAUAACGGUUGCAUAGUAAUGUAAGGAAUUCAGAAUUUUUGUCCUGUUCCGUACGCCCGCUGUUUCAUAUAUAUAUAUAUUUAUAUUUUGUAUAUAUAUCCAAAACCAGUGAUUUAGCCAAAACAGGUUUUAAACAUAUUUGUAUUUGUGCUGCAAAAAAAGCUGAAUGUAUAUAGACAAAUGUAAGCAACAUUAAUAAGUAAAAUCUAUUUGUUCCCCAGAGAUGUAUUGAAGACUCCACAAUUGUACAACUAACUACGUAUAGAGAAAAUCUUUUCAGAGAAAUAUUUUUAUUACAUCAUUUAAAAAAAAAAAAAAUUUUUUUUAUUGCAAAACAAACCAGGAUAAUCAAUAAUUUUCCAGGCGCUAUCCAUUUAGAGCCGGGGUGCCCUUAAGGUAGAUCCCCAAAUGUUUUAAAACUACAACUUCAAUGAUGCUUUGUCAUUCUAAAAGCAUUCCAAAGACAUGCAAAGCACCAAGGGAGUUGUAGUUCUUCAACAUAUAGGGAUUUAUUUUGUGGCCACCCCUGAUUUAGACCAUGAUAGAUACAAAUAUCACAAUGCACUUAAAAUAGUAUAAGACGAUGAUAAGGGGAGCUAAGGUAUAGGCAUAUUAGACACACUCUUAGUAAAAUAUUCACAUCCAGAAUUGAGAAAGUGACUGCAUUAACAUUCCUGGUAAAACGUGAAUUUGAGAGGGAGCCCAUAUGAUUUCUUGUAGGAAUCGUUUGAUAUGUUGCAAUGUAGAUUUGUAUUUGGCCUGAGGAAUGUGGGUUUGAUGAGGCAUUAGUAAGAGCCAUUUGGCAACCAUCUUGUUUUGUAAACUGAUUUUAAUGUAUGUUUCGGACCAGUUUUUCCAAAGAAACUUUAUAGGGAAAAUGUCACUUAUCCAUGAUUUUAAUAUUCUGUUUAUUUUAUCCCCUAUGUAUAGAAAAUAUGGUUUUGUGAAAAUUAAAUCUAAAGUCCACAUAUAUAUCUUCUAACUGGGCCCCUCCAUCUUGGCAUCCUGGUGAUUAUCAUUAUAAAGUUUUCUGCCAUUGAAUGUAAUGGACGAAAAAAAACACAAACAAUGUUUUUAUCCUCCUCCUUAUUUGCAUAGAGUGCCCUGGCUGUGCCCUAACUGAAAUGGGUUGUGAUAUCAGAAUCUUUUAAAGGAAAGAGAAUAUCCCAUGAAUAAAAGGUUAACACAAGUUAUUGUUACUUUUACUAUUUUUGCGCCUUAAUUUAUUUUGAAGCUGAUAAACGAACAAAGGUUAGAUUUCCUUUAUUUCUACAUAAAACCUGGCAGAAAUGAAUAGACAAUUUUCAGCAUUUUCAAGUGUCCAUGGAUGGAGUUGGCAUUCAGGGCCCGCAGUUCACAUAUCAAGGAGCCAGGUAAUAAAUGUAUUUUUUUCCUUGUAGGAGAAAGCCAUCAGUAUCUGGGAGGCAAAAAACUUCUUUUUAGACCUGGAUCCGAUUGAGGGUGCGGUGGAGGCGGUGAAAGAAAUGUCCAAAUUGACCAAGUAAGUCAUUGUCUUCUACACAAGCUGGACAAAAUAAUAUUAUUAUUGGAAUUUAUAUAGCGCCAACUUAUUGUUCGAUUAAAGGGGACAUUUAACAAUAAUUGAGACAAUUACAGAGUGUUAUAGAAACAAUAGGUUGACGAGUACUCUGCUCAAACAAGCUUACAAUAUAAAGAAUGCUUAAUGUGUACUUGUUACCUGCUGCACCCCUUGCUUUUGACCUGCUGCACCACAUUUUUCCUACCUGUAGUGUGGAGUGUAGGAUGAAGGUUUGAGAACCUCUGGUGAUCUAGCAGGGCACCUCAAUGAGAUGUCUGCCUCUAUUGAAUCAGUUCUCAAACUCCCUCAUUUUGCUGUACAGUAGCAAUGAGUUAUGGCACUGGGAUAGCUUUGUACCUCCGUUAUUGGAAUUGGACCCCAGUAACUAAGCAGAGAUAUAUUAUUUUCACUAGACUAAGAAACCACUGCAUUUGGUGUAUUAAGGACUAUUAAUUAAUUGUGAUUGGAUAACUCGAGACAAGGUGCUACAGCUAUUAAAGAAAAUUAAUGUAAAUAAAGCUCCGGGGCCUGACGGUAUUCACCCACGAGUACUUGAGGAGCUACGUGGGGAAAUAAGUGAACCUCUGUAUUUAAUUUUUCAAGAUUCUUUUGUUUCAGGUGUUGUACCGGAGGAUUGGAGGAAGGCAGAUGUUGUUCCUAUAUUUAAAAAAGGGUUCAAAAUCCUUGCCUGGAAAUUAUAGACCUGUGAGCUUAACUUCUGUAACUGGGAAAAUAUUUGAAGGGCUAUUAAAGGAUAAUAUUCAGGAAUUCAUUGGGAAGAACUUUGUUAUUAGCAAUAAUCAGCAUGGUUUUAUGAAACAUCGGUCAUGUCAAACUAACCUAAUUGCAUUCUACGAAGAAGUAAGUAGAAGUAUAGAUCAGGGUGUUGCAGUGGAUGUGAUCUACUUGGAUUUUGUUUUGGGACCACUUCUAUUUAACAUAUUUAUAAAUGAUCUUGAAAUAGGCAUUGAAAGCCAUGUAUCAGUGUUUGCAGAUGACACAAAAUUUUGUAAAGUAAUAAAAUGUGAGCAGGAUAUUGCUUUGCUGCAGAGAGAUUUGGAUAGAUUGGGGGACUGGGCACUAAAAUGGAAGAUGAAAUUUAACAUAGAGAAAUGCAAAGUUAUGCACUUCGGGGUUAAGAAUGCACAAGCAACUUACACACUAAAUUGUAGUGAAUUAGGGAUAACCACACAAGAGAAGGAUUUGAGAAUUGUUAUAGACAACAAAUUAGGCAGCAAAAUGCAAUGUCAAUCUGCAGUUGCUAAGGCCAGUAAGAUUUUGUCAUGUAUAAAUAGGGGCAUAAAUUCUCGAGAUGAAAAUAUAAUUUUGCCUCUUUAUAAAUUGCUGGUAAGACCACACCUUGAAUAUGCUGUGCAAUUUUGGGCGCCUGUUCUAAAGAAGGAUAUCAUGGCACUGGAGAGGAUCCAGAGACGAGCUACAAAAUUGAUAAAAGGAAUGGAGCAUUUUAGUUAUGAAGAAAGGUUAAAAAAAUUAAAUCUGUUUAGUUUGGAAAAACGGCGCCUGAGAGGGGAUAUGAUAACUUUAUACAAAUAUAUUCGUGGCCAGUAUAAACCUUUAUCUGGAAAUCUAUUCAUAAACAGGGAUAUACAUAGGACACAAGGUCACACAUUUAGGCUGGAAGAAAGGAGAUUUCAUCUAAGGCAAAGAAAAGGUUUUUUUUUUUUAAAGUAAGAACAAUAAGGAUAUGGAAUUCUCUGCCUGAAGAGGUGGUUUUAUCAGAGUCCAUACAGAUGUUUAAACUGAAAUUGGAUAAAUACUUACAAAAACAUAACAUACAUGGAUAUAAUUUCUAAUUAGUGGGGUAAUAGCUGUUUGAUCCAAGGAGACAUCUGACUGCUAUUUUAGGGUCAAAAAGGAAUUUUUUUUCCUAGUUUGUGGCAAAAUUGGAAGCGCUUCAGACCAGGUUUUUUGCCUUCUUUUGGAUCAACAGCAAAAACAUUUGUGAGGAAGGCUGAACUUGAUGGACGCAAGUCUCUUUUCAGCUAUGUAACUAAGUAAAGAGUUACUCCAAACCCCAUCAUAACUAUAGUGAUUUGAAGUGGUCAUGGUGCCUGGAGUCUAUAUUUGCAGCAUUCCGCUUUGAAAUGCUGCACAUACAGCAUUUAAUCUAUUUACCUGGAGAUGUAGCUCUGCCUCCGGCAGCAUCUUUGGGGCAUCAUUAGCCAACUCGGAACCAGAGCUCUGGGCUGGCGAAUGUCAAUUCUGUGCAUAUUCCUCUGCACAAGCUUGCAUUCAUUGGCUGAGAGUGGCCAGCUCACACUCUCAGCCAAUGAAUAGCAACAGAACUGGUGUCAGGAUUCUUCAGCUCUGAGGAAGCCGCAUGUAUGUCACCAGCACCACAGGAAACCCGGAGACUGGAGGAGACCUAGGUAAGAGUCCAAAACUGGUACAAAAAGAGGUAUUAAGGGCUGCGCUUUGACAAAAAUUAGUAAAAAAGUAGUAUAUGAAUAAAAUAAGCAGUAAAGAUAAAAACAAGUAAAGUUCAUCCGAAUAAAUAGAAAUAUAAGUUAAAACAGUCUCACUGAUGUGCAGUAAUAUGAUAAUAAUCCUCAAGUGUCGCUCCGUCUGUAUGGUAGGUAGUCCAUAUAUGUGAAGACAAAAAAUAAGAAAAAAAGCUUCCAAUGGUGAAAUAUUGUAUGUCCAAAUGUGGUAUAUAUUCAAAGGAAAGGUAUUUCACUCACAUUUGUUGGAGCUCUAACCAGCUCUAGGGGAAGAGGCACUUAGUUGUUUAAUCCCCACUGUCGGAUAUACUUAAGUGGUUGGUCCGUCCGUCCGGCUUGAGAUUUCUUUGAUGUAGGAUGGGACCUACUCAGAUGUGCGUUAUUUGUUUAUGCUGGGGAGAUAGGUCCGCCUCUCCGGUAUUGGAUAGUAGAUGUCCACGAGAUAUAUAUAAAACAGCAGAUAGUGCUCUCAGUAUGAACAACACAAUAAUAUAUUGAAAUAAGUUAUACUUACAAAAAUAGAGCAGACAGGUACUGCUCUAUUGCCACAGCGCUGGUGGAAUUAUCCCCAUCUCAGGAUUUCUUUGGACAGGAUACACUUCAACAGUAAAAAGUGGAAUAAUAAAAGUAUAAUAUAAAAUAAAAUAAUUAAGUGGUUAAAAAAUAAUAAUAUAAUAUAAAGAUGCCAGGAGUAAAAAAUAUAAAUAAAUAAAAAGUGUAUAAAGUACAAUAAAAAUAAGUAUAGAGUUGGUCCUAUUAUGAAGGGUAACCAAAAAUAACUUUUAUUGACUAAAAUACACUUAUUACAACCAUCAACCAUUGGUUGUAAUAAGUGUAUUUUAGUCAAUAAAAGUAAUUUUUGGUUACCCUUCAUAAUAGGACCAACUCUAUCCCUAUUUUUUUUAAAUGUUUCAUUUUUAUUGAGAUGAAAAGGUUUCGGAUUGACACUUUAACAUACAUUUUACGUUUCAUACAUAUUGCAUAAACAGAGAGUGUAUAGUGAUAACAUUUUUCAAUGGCAUUUUACAAUACAUCCUUGUGGCAAUGGUACAGUGUUUCGUUUCAAGACAUUCAUGCUUUUGUUAUAGGUGGUGAGUAAUGCCCUGAUUUUGGUACCCGGUAGGCUGGGCAUGCUUUCUGGCGUGUGUUAUCAUGCCUCUAAGUGGCGUCUCCCGGGCAUCCGGGGGUUAGCCUCCCACCUGUAUCCUCCGCUCUUCUUCGGGGUGGGCCAGAUGGUUACAACCGGGUUUGUAUCACCUUUGCGUUUUAUUUAUUUGGUUUUCGUGUCUUGUAGGCUGGAAACUGAUUUCCCUGCUCAUCAUCUCAUAUUUUAAGGCUCGGUAAGGCAACGUAAGCCCUUAUUUUGUGUAUGGGGGGGUAACUGGGAUAAGGGUGUAGUACGGGGGGGGGAGGGGUGAGAUGCUCUCUUGCUUAAGGCUAGGUGGGGCGUAGUUUGGGUUCCUGCCAUUCACCCAGGCAUCACCACUUAGACCAUGUCCUGUUGUAGUGUUCUAGUGUGCCACCUAUUGUAUGUGCCAUCUGCUCGUACUGUUGGGUGAGGCUUACUUUGGCGAGUACUGCCUUUAUGUCAGGUACUGUCGUAGUUUUCCACAAGGCGGCUAUGCACGUUUUGGCUGCUACGGUGAUGUGGGUAGUCAGCGCUGCUUCAUAGGCUGUAAGGUCUCGGGGUAGCAUGUGGAGCAGAUAGUUCAGGCUUGAGUGGUAAUUGUUUUCCUAGUUUGGAUUUAAUUAUGUCUUGGAUUUGUUGCCAGUAUUGGCUGAGUGCCGGGCAGUACCAGAAUAUGUGGCUCGUGUUUCCCACUUGUUGGCUGCAGCGCCAACAUCUAUCCUGCACCCCUGGGUAUAUUUGGGCCAGCCUGUGUGGUGUGUAGUACCACUGCAUCCACAUCUUGUAGGCUGCUUCUACAUGGCCCAAGCACUUUGUCGCCCGUUUAACCAGUGUCAUGGCCCCUAUCCACUUCCCAUGCUCGAGUUCGCAAUUCAAUUCUCUUUCCCAUUUGAGCAUGUAUAAUUGUUUGGCCGGUCUGUCUAUGUCUAGCAACCUAUGGUAACACAGGGAGAGUGGUUUUUUGGGGGGUUUUAGACCUUGGCAUAGCAAGUCAAAGUGGUUUUGGGGUUGUGUUGGUGGUUGCUGGUGGCCCCUAAGAUAUGUUUUAUGCGUAAGUAUGUGAAUAUUUCGCUGUUUGGUAGAUGGUAUUGGCUUUGGAGGUCCGGGAACACUAGCAGCCCAUUUGCUCCAUAGAGGUGUGUUAUCUGCGUCACCCCCCUGUCCACCCACUCGCCCAGAGCCAGGUCAUGUGUGUGGUGCUGGAGACUUGUCAGUGGGGCAAAGGUCUCUAUCUUUGCACUAAGCAUUUUUGGGGCCCCUCUCAGCCAUAGCUGCAGGGACAGCUUGGUUGUUGUGAGAGGGUUCGUGAGUCGAGGUUGGGCCUUGGCUGGGAUCCAAACCAGGUCCCUAAGGGAGUAAGGCGCACAGACCGCACUUUCCAGUUGGUGCCACAGUGGGCAGUUCGAGGUGGAGAGGAGGCGCGCCGUCUGAGAUAUGUUUGUUGCUAGGUAGUAUUUGGUUAUGUGUGGCACACCCACCCCGCCUCCCCCCAUGGCUGUGCUAAUAUUAGCUAGUGAGAUUCUGGGUGUUUUUUCCUCCAUAUGUGUGCGUUGAUGAGUCGCUGAAAUGCUCGGAGGGUGUAGUUUGGUAAACUGAUGGGUAGGGCCCUGAAUAGAAAUAAUACUUGCGGUAGUAUGAUCAUUUUCACGGCGUUGAUGCGCCCCAACCAGGAUGUGUGUUUGUUUUUGCUUCCCCAGCCCUCCAGCACCUGCUCUAUUUUUGCUGUGAGACGUCCGUGGUUAUGUUUUAUGAGGAGCUGUUUGGAAGGUGCUAGUUGUGUGCCUAGAUAGGAAAUGGUAUCUUUCCUCCAUUCAAAGGGAUAUAACGUUCGUAGGGUCGUGAGUUGGGAUCUGGGCAUGUUCAGCGGGAGUAUCUGUGUUUUUGCUACAUUGUUUUUGUAGUAAGAGACCUGGCCAGGAGGGCGGGUAGGGAGUCCGAAGGGUUUGUUAGGAAGAGAAGGAUGUCGUCAGCAAACACUGCCAUUUUUUGCGGGCCUGUCGGGGAGGGGGCGCCUAGAAUGCUGGGGUUAGUCCUGAUUUUAUGGAGCAGGGGCUCCAGUGCCAGGAUAAAAAUGAGGGGUGAUAGGGGGCAUCCCUGCCUUGUGCCGUUCGAUAGGGCGAAUCUACUGGAAAUGAAACCGGAGUUCAUGACUGUGGCUUGGGGGGACGAGUAGAGGGAUAGGAGCCCAGCUAGGAAUUUUGUCGGGAAGUUGAACCAACGAAGGACCUCUGUCAUGUAACCCCAGUGGAGUCUGUCAAAGGCCUUUUCUGCAUCUGAGGCCAUUAUUAAGCCCUGUGACCGAUCUCUAUUCAUGAGUUCCAUUACGUCAAGGGCUCGUCUGGUGUUAUCUUCUACUUGUCGCCUCGGGACAAACCCUGAUUGUUCUGGGGAUACUAAUUGAGCUAGUGUAGGGCGUAUUCUGUUUGCAAGGGUCUUGGCGAACAAUUUUGUGUCAGCGUUGAGGAGUGAGAUUGGGCGGUAGUUUGCGCAUGUAUCGGUAGUUUUGCCUGGUUUAGGGAGCGUAAUAAUGGUGGCUUCCAACAUUUCCGGGGGUAUCUCCCCCGACUCUAGAAUGUGGUUGAAUAAGGCAGUGAGGUGGGGGAGUAGCUGGUCCUCAAAAACCCUGUAGUAGUGGGUUGAGAAGCCGUCUGGGCCUGGGGCUUUGUGUCUGGGUGUGUCGUGUAGAGCCUUUGAUACCUCAGAUGCUUCAAUUGGGUUGGUCAGUGCAGCGGCCUGUUCGUUGGAAAGUCGAGGGAGAGUCACCCCUUCUAGGUAGGUAGUAAUAUCUUGGGGACUGGGAUGGUGUUGGGUGGCGUCGCCAGACAGGUUGUAUAGCCCUGCGUAAAAUUGGGCAAAUUUGUCUAUUAUCGCUUUGGGGUUUCUAAUCUUGGUGCCCGUGUCGUCCUUGAUAUAUGGGAUCUUUGCCUGCGAGAUGCGUUCCCUGAGUUGGGAGGCUAGUAUUUUGCCCGCUCUGUUACCCUGUCUAUAGUAGUUGGUUUUCAUUUUACGAAUUGCCCGUUCUACUUGCUGCAUCUGUAGUGCUUCUAUGGUGGCCCUUAACUUCUGUACCUCCUGCCUGUUGGAGUGUGUGGGGGAGGCCUUGUGUCGUGUUUCUGCUUGUUUUAAGUCGGUCAGUAGGGUCCUACUUUUUUCUGUCAGUUGGCGCUUCAGUUUUGCCCCAUGUCGUAUUAGCAGACCGCGCGUUACUGCCUUAUGGGCAAGCCAUGUCAUUGCGACGGUCGUGUCGGUGUAGUGGUUAUCUACGAAGUAGUGCGCCAAGGCGCUCCUUAUCUCGGCCGCCCUUUCCACAUUGUCUAUCAGUGAUUCGUUUAGUCUCCACUGACCCCGACCCCGGACCGGGUGGAGCGUGGUAAAGACUGAUGUGAGGGGGGCAUGGUCUGACCAAGUCAAGGGGGCAAUUGAUACCUCCUCCAGGGUAUCUAGCGUUUUCCCAUCCACUAAGCACAUGUCUAUCCGGGAGUAUCGAUCAUGUACCUUGGAAUAGAAAGUGUAUUCUUUAGAUGCUGGGUAUAGUGAACGCCAUGUAUCGUGUAGGCCGUGUGAAUUGAGGAACGCUGUCACUUUCAUCCCUAGUUGUGUUGAUCGCAAGUGGGAACAGGGUUUGCCGGUCCUAUCUAGAGCUGGGUCCAGUACGCAGUUAAAGUCCCCACAUAUAAGCGUCUGCCCUCUCUUCUUCUUGUCUACUUGUUGUAAAGCUUUCCUAAUGAAGUCAUACUGGUUGGUGUUGGGGGUGUAUAGGUUGACUACUGUCACCUGGACGUCAUUUAGUAGUCCUACUAGUAUUAGAAGCCGGCCAUCGGGGCUUUUGUAUUCUACUUCACAUUUAAAUUGCCAAUCAGAGUGGAAGAGAAUGCUAACACCUCGUGUCUUAUUCGGCAUGGUAGGCUUGUGGGUAGGAUGUGGACGAGAAUUUUGGUGGGUUUUUAAUUGAGAAGUGGGUUUCCUGUAUGCAUGCUACAGAGGCGUGUAGGGUGCGUAAUUGGGAGAACGCCAGCCUGCGUUUUUGUGGGGUGUUCAGCCCAUGGGCAUUUAGAGACACCAGGCGGAAUUUAUUGGCGGAGGUCAUUUUAACUAGUUGGGGUGGCCCUAGGGCCCGGUUGUUUGGGUGUAGUGUUUUCUCUUGCCACUACAUGACAGAGUUGGUGGGGUGAGGCUAUUUUUUCCCCUCGUCGUACCCAGUAGUGAAAGGGGAGCAUCUCGGGUAGGGGGUUAGGGCAGGGGGAACAACCUGGAACAUAACCUAAGAAACAAAACCAUAAAACAGAAAUAAAGUAUAUACAUUUCAAACAGCUAUUAAGCAUUAUGUGAGGGACCCUGCUGCCGAGCUCGCACCCUCUACUGCACUGAGAGGGGGUCGCAACGGCAGGCGGUGUCCCGCAGGUGUAUCGGGGGGGCGUCUGAUAUUUGGUGAGGCCUGUACCUCUUUCAGAGCCCGGCUCUCUCGAAAAAGUAGGCGGUGGGGGGGGAGAUAUGGGGGCUUGAUUGAGCCGUUGGCUGUCCUGUAUAGAUCCGUGAGUGGAGGGGUGAGAGGUGAGCACAUUCUCUGCGCCCUUCAGUUUUUCGGCCUUUGUCCGGCCAUGCUGGGUUCAGAUUUUAGUGGGCAGUCUCUGCAAGGGUCUGAGCAGCGAGUCUGACUGCUUAGGGGUAAGUCUCGCAGUGACAGGGUGGGCCAAAUUGCGCUGUGGUGUGGCAGUCACUUUUUCUCUUGUGCUGGGUUGGGGGGGUGGGGGGGGUGAGGGCGAGCAAGAGUACUCACGUGGGUGCUGAAUGUCCUUCAAGCUAUGCCAUUCCCAGAUGAGUGGGGCGGUCACCAUGGGGGGUCACACGGGUCUCUAACAGAGUCGUGCUGUAGCCGGCACCCCCUUCUGGGUGGCGAUAGUGUUCUUUAGGCUUUAGACCAGUCCGCGGUCACCUUCUUUAGGGAGGUUUGGGUGUGUGGUGCUUUGCCGUCUGGGAACAAGCCCCAGGUCUUGAGCUUGUCCAUUCCCAGCGCCGGAUCUUCGAUCUUUAUUAGGGAGCCGUUCCGCCAGAUAAGGAGUUUUGUAGGAAAUCCCCACCUGUACAGUAUUUUGUUGUUUCUGAGGCAUUUCGUAAUGUUAAUGAAUUCCCUUCUCCUGGCCAUUGUCGUUGGUUAGAGGUCAGCGAAGAGGGAGAUAUUGUCAUAGGUUGGCGGCAUCGCUGAGGCCUUCCUUUGCGCCGUGAGUAUGGCUUCCUUCGCAGAGUAGUAGUGCAAUCUGGUCACGAUGUCUCUUGGCACUUCUUGUGCAAGGUUUUGAGGUUUUGGCACUCGGUGCGCCCGAUCCAGGUGGAGGUCCGCCAGUUCUAGGUUUGGUUGGAUCGCUUGGAAGAGUCGCAGUAGGUAGGCCGGCAGCUCUUCUUGUGUCACUGUUUCUGGUACCCCGCGCACGCGGAUAUUAUUGCGGCGGGAGCGAUCUUCCAAAUCUGCCAGUUUUUCCAUAAGGAGUUUGUUAUCAGCGUCCAUCCUUUGUAUUUUCUCCACUAUGGUGUCAUUCAUGUGGCAAAGCUCAUCAGUCUUUUCUUCUAGUGCAUUCACGCGUGUCCCCACUUCAUGGAUGUCUUUGCGCAUGUCAGAGACCGCAGCUUGGAAGUCAGUCUUCAUAGAGGUGCGUAGAUCCUGCAGCAUUGCCGCAAGGCGCUUUUCCGACACAGACAGAUCAUCAGCGGUUACUUGCCUCACAUCUGUGUCUGAUCCUGCGUCUGAGGUAUGAGUGGGUGAGCGGGAGCCGCCGCCAUCUUGUUCCAUGUGCUGCUUCCCUCCCUUACCCUGCCAGAAGAAGUCCGAUGCCCUUUGAGACUUUGGGGGUGCCAUCUCUAGGGUAGGAGGUUCCCCUGUUUUUUGGUACCCUGAUAGGGUCGUUUCAGGCUCUUUCGACGCUUUUCUGCUGCUUUUUAGGGCUUGCCGAUCACGGAGCUGCAGUUACAUGCGACCGCUCCGUCCGACCGGCCUCUAUACUUAUUUUUAUUGUACUUUAUACACUUUUUAUUUAUUUAUAUUUUUUACUCCUGGCAUCUUUAUAUUAUAUCAUUAUUUUUUAACCACUUAAUUAUUUUAUUUUAUAUUAUACUUUUAUUAUUUCACUUUUUACUGUUGAAGUGUAUCCCGUCCAAAGAAAUCCUGAGGUGGGGAUAAUUCCACCAGCGCUGUGGCAAUAGAGCAGUACCUGUCUGCUCUAUUUUUGUAAGUAUAACUUAUUUCAAUAUAUUAUUGUGUUGUUCAUACUGAGAGCACUAUCUGCUGUUUUAUAUAUAUCUCGUGGACAUCUACUAUCCAAUACCGGAGAGGCGGACCUAUCUCCCCAGCAUAAACAAAUAACGCACAUCUGAGUAGGUCCUAGCCUACAUCAAAGAAAUCUCAAGCCGGACGGACGGACCAACUACUUAAGUAUAUCCGACAGUGGGGAUUAAACCACUAAGUGCCUCUUCCCCUAGAGCUGGUUAGAGCUCCAACAAAUGUGAGUGAAAUACCUUUCCUUUGAAUAUAUACCACAUUUGGACAUACAAUAUUUCACCAUUGGAAGCUUUUUUUCUUAUUUUUUGUCUUCACAUAUAUGGACUACCUACCAUACGGACGGAGCGACACUUAAGGAUUAUUACUAUAUUACUGCACAUCAGUGAGACUGUUUUAACUUAUAUUUCUAUUUAUUCGGAUGAACUUUACUUGUUUUUAUCUUUACUGCUUAUUUUAUUCAUAUACUACUUUUUUACUCAUUUUUGUCAAAGCGCAGCCCUUAAUACCUCUUUUUGUACCUUCUUGUUUCUAAAAGGCUUUCGUGAGGGAUUCCCUUUUUAGGGUUGCUGCUCAAUUGAGUUAGCGCAGACUCUUCCCCCUUUUUUAUUCUCACUAAGAGUCCAAAACUGUUUGCCCCAUUACUGGAAAAUAGGGCUGUAGUAGUUAUGGUGCUUGGAGUAACCGUUUAAGAGAAAUUCUUGGACAGAAUCAGCAGAAACAUUCUCUUCGUUUCUGUAUUGAUUGCACUAGUUUAGAACCUUGAUCAAAGAAAUGUUCUUUUAUCACUGAUUCCAUGGGUCGACUGACUUGUGAUUGUCAGUUAUAUAUGAUCUACCUCUUCAUAAGGGCCGGAUUGCAUGACUUACAAGGUUAAAGAUCAGAUUUACUGUUGGACUAACAUAAACCAAUAGGACUAGUAAUAGAUAGUGUGGCGUGUAUAUGGCCCAUCUGAUAACAUAGGACAUGGGAUACAGUCAGAUGGUAAGCCAAGUAAGGCUGACUGUUUUGUCAAUAGUGAGAACAUAAGGACCUUUCCCUAUGGGUAAUAACUGUCUCUAAACCUCAGGUUAUACUUGAAAAGUGUAGAAAUCUGCGUAUAUUAUCCCACGUUAUUAAGAGAAUGCUGGCUGCCCAGCUAACCCUUCAUUAUACAAUAGGAAGGUGCUAGGACACUCUUGCCCCCAACAAUGUAAAUGUGUUUAAGUUGUUUGGGGCAAGUAGGUACCGUUAAUGAUUGUUGAAAUUGACUUGGUUUGUUUUUGUAUCCUGCCUGUGUGUUUCAAUCCUCUAGGGGGCAGUAGGUAUGGAACUCUUUGCAUAGUAGAUGUGGAGCGUUAAGAAGUUAAUUAGGUCUUUAUUAAUAUUGCUGCCUUUUCUCUUUACAGUACCGAUGUCUUCAUAUGUACCAGCCCUAUAAAACGCUAUCAGUACUGCCCGUAUGAGAAGGUGAGACAUUAUCAUUUUCAACCAGCUUGCAAUUUUACUUUUUGGAGGAAGCCUUCUGCUCGGUGAGCUAGGGACCAUCGGUACUGACUCACAAAACGUAUUGGGGUCCCCAGGACAGGCAUGGCAUCUUUGUAGUGAUCUACAGGCCCCCAGUAAUUACGGAUGCUUGACAAGUAACCCCUCUCCGCUCCUUUUUUUUGGGUGAAAGAUAAUAGUAGACGUUGGACAGCAGUGAUGAGCUCUUCUCAUUUUCUCUGAUCCUAUGAGUGUGAUAGGAGGGUGAUUGUUUAUACCGUAUUAGGAUUGCACAUUAAAAACACAGAAUUGUUUAUUCCUGGUUUACAGAAAAUUAAACCACAAAUAAACCUUAUCCUGGGUGCUAGAUCACUGUUUAACCCAUACUAUACCUAAUAAAUGCACUAUUACACCAAGUAAUGUGCUCACCACGAGACAAGAAAAUAAAACACACUUUAUUGAUAAUCUGAAAAAUACAUAGAGCCUACAAAGAAUUACAAACAUGAUAUAUAAACAAAAGAUACGUGUAACAAGCAGUACAGCGACCGAGCAGCUUCAGAUACCCCAGCUUAUUAAUAUAUUGUGAUUGUUAUUAUUUGUGUUUUAUUUGAUUGUAUAGCUGAGUGCACCUCAUUUAUUAUAGGUCUGGGGACACCCAGUCCCCAAGAUCUUACUGUUCAUAACGGCAUCCUGCUCAUCAGGUAAGAGAUCAGGAUGUGCUCCAGGUCAACCAAUUAUGGCCUUAAAAUAUAAAUAUCCUGGCGUCUUUCAUGACAUUAAAUACAAUUAAACAAAGCUAGAAAACCGCACAUUUGCACUAAACAAACAUUUAACAGAAGCCAUGAAUUCCUAAUCUACUGCCCCCAGGAAUAAGCCACUAAAAUAAUAAUAUAAAGUCUACAAUGCAAAUAUAUAUAUAUAUACAUAUAUAUAUAUAAGGAGCAUUAAUCCGUAAGUGCAGAAUUUGUUAAUCAUUGAGUGAGCCUGUGCAGCCCGGUCACUGAUUUUGCUGCAGACGUGCCUGUGGGUGUUUCAAUGUGACCCCUCUGCCUCUUACAUAUCACUCAUUCUCACUCUUUAAAAGCAGAAACCUCAUUUUUGCAGAAUACGAUAGUUAAGUAAAUCUCAAGUAUUGGUUGCAAAUGUUUUAUUUUUAACUUUUUUCUCUGAAAGAAAUUAAAUAAAUCUCAAUGAUGUUUAAAGUGCAGUCUGUUUUGGCACAUCCAGAGCAUACCAUGUAACUUAAAUUAACCCCUGCUGUGCCAACAUUGCAAGAGCAUGCUUGUGUACAGCGCUGCUGAAGGGAUGUUUUAGUGCAGGGCUGCCCAAAAGGGAGAUCCCCAGAUGUUUUAAAAACUACAGCUUCCAUGAUGCUUUGUCAUUCUAAAGGUAUGCAAAGCAUCAUGGGAGUUGUAGUUCUACAAAAUUUUGGGAUCUAUCUCUUUGGCAGCUCUGUUUUAGUGUGUAUGCACUCGUACACCAUUGUUGUACAGAUGCCCAAGCGAGCCUGAGUGAGCCUAUGGCCUCAUGGGUUGAUGAUGUCACCCUAAACACAAAGGCACUGCAGAGGCAAGUUCUUUUUACUUAACCUCCACUGCUGUGCUCAGCACUGUAAGCACUUAAAUGAGGGUUACAGGGGCGAGGGAACAGGGAACAUCCAUAGAACUGACAGCUCUGCUUUAAUCUCAGAAGCAUUCUCUGUCCAUCCAGCUUGUUUAUUGACUUAGAAUACUUGUCCUCCUGUUCAUUGUGUGCUUUUGGAGAAAUGCCAGAAUUUAAAGGGCUGGUGCUUGAACUCAGGUGUGGCACAUUCAUUUGAUUGACCUUCAUGCGCCUGUUAUGUUGAAUUCAAUAAUCAGCUGUCUAAGAGUUUAUUGUAAAAAAUGUUGUUUUAUGAAAAACUGAAAAUUGACAGUGCCCUGUUAAGACGACAGAAGAUAAAUUAAACACAGCUGUGUACGCACUAGAAUUUUCAGAGAAAAUAAUAGAAUCUGUGAAAUAACUGCCUCCUCUGUCUAAUGUUUGUCAGCUUGUGUCUUCUCUCAUUUCUGUCUGUUUUUCUGCUCUCUCUUCUGUGUGACAGCUCUUUUUUCUAUCUGUCAGCUCUCUCUUCUGUUUGUCUGUCUGUCUACUCCUCUGUGUGUCUGUCAGUCAAUUCUCUCUCCUGUUUGAGUGUCAGCUCUCUGUGAGUCAGUUCUCUCUUUAAUCUGUCUGUCAGCUCUCUUCUGUCUGUAUGUCUGUCUACUCCUCUGUGUGUCUGUCAGUCAAUUCUCUCUCCUGUUUGAGUGUCAGCUCUCUGUAAGUUAGUUCUCUCUUUAAUCUGUCUGUCAGUUCUCACUUCUGCCUGUCUAUCAGUCAGUUUUCUCCUUUGUCUGUCUCUUGGCUAUCUCUCUUAUUUUAGAGUGUCUCCCUCAUCUCAGUCUGUGCUGUCUCUGAAGAUGUCUUGAUGCCCUCUCUCUUUACAGUAUGCCUGGGUGGACAAACAUCUUGGACACGAGUUUCUGGAGCAAAUUGUUCUGACCCGAGAUAAAACUGUGGUUUCCGCUGACCUUCUGAUCGAUGACCGUCCAGACAUUAAUGGUAAAAUAGGGUGUUUACUGUUUAUCAUAAUGUACAGAGGGCAAUAACGCAUGUCCAAAGGCACUUGUUAUAAUUCCUAGAAGAUCAUGGGGUUUUUGGUCAUCAAUGACUGGAAAACAAUGGGCAGGUGAUGUAGUUACCCACACUUUCAUUAUGAAAUUAUUACAUCAUUUUUGUUAUUCAUCCAACAGUCAAAUGAGCCAUUUGAUAAUAGAGGACAGUAGACAACAUGCCUGCCGGAUCGGGCGCAAUCAGUAUGGGGUGUUCUGUAUGUAGCAAGCUUAGGGAAUUGGAACCCAUCAAUAACGGCAAAAAUGUAUACUUGAUAGAAUAAUCAUUAAAAGGUUCAAAUGUUGCUGGAAAUUACAAUCAGUUCUGCCUCAGGAUAAAUGAAGAGUUUACAGAACUUUACUUUGACUAACAUUGUGUGUGUGCGGCAGGCGAAGUUAGGUAGAAAUAUUUACCUGACGCUCUUCUUCAUGGGUGCCGCCAUGUUUUUUCUUCGCUGGUAAUGGCUGAGGAUUGACAAAACUUGAUGGCAGAAGCUCCUCAUUAUGUAAACAUUUUAAAACUAAAUUCUAAUUCAAUCAAUAUGAGUUAUUCAGAAAGAUUAUGAAAAAAAGCACCUCAAAAGUCAUAUCACUGUGACAGAGCUGCUUUAACAUUUACUAUUUGUUUCACAUUUAUUAAUAACUUACCUGAUUUCUGCAUUUUUUAACCCUUGUUCCCUACCACAAUAUGGAGGUAAAAAGAUCAUAACUUUACCUUUAAACUUUUUAAAAAAAAAUCUAUAUUUAUGUUGUGCAUUGGUAUUACAUAACAGUAUGCACAAAAGUGCGGCAUAAUAAAGUUGACAUUUGGUAUGAUAGACUAAAACAAGAAAGCUUAUCCAACACCCGACCUUGUAGUAGAGAUCCACUCUAUUACGUGGGACAGUUCGCCACCGAGAAAGAUGUAAAAUGCCACAGCAGCUGAGGAGCCACUGUGGUGAGGCAGAUAUUUCCCGCUCUGAUUAGGCCUCGUCGAGGCUCAAUCCUAGAUUCUGCAUUCGUAUGACAGGAAGGCCUCACCGGACACAGUGUCUCCACACCCGUCUGAUUCUGCUGGGCCUACAGUACAAUGCUAGCCCUCUACAAGGCUGCCUUAGUGGUGAAGUUAGUAGACACGGUCUCUUCUGAUCCUCGAAAGAAUGACUUGUCCCGUGUUCCCCAGCCUGGUAUAAAUCCAAAGCAGAAAGCUUUCAAAGAUAACGUCCAAUCUGCUUGUGCUGGCUGCCUCCCACAUUGAAGGAGAAGGGCAGGCCUCAUAUUCCAUCGCCAUUGCGAUGGGUAAGUAUCCACCACUCGAAGUGGACUCCCAGGACCUGGAUAACCCCCACUGGACCAGAGGGGGGGAUACAGGGCUCUUGAUAAAGUAUUCGGACUUUCCAGGCAGCAAAAAAAGCAGCCAUUUCUCCUGCUCCCUCACCUCAAGGAUGCCGCCUGGAAUUCAGAGCCAGUCAGUGGUCCAGCUCGGUAAGUAAAAGCGUUGGUGCAAACACCUAAGUGUCCCCAAAACUACUUGGAAUUCCAUCGGUUAAUUCGAUAUAGCACGAUUUCUGAUGAGGAGUCCUAGCAUUGUGCGUCCUCUCUGCAUGACGGCCGAGCCCCAUUCCCCCCACCAAUUUUAGUGCAGGCAUCACAUUGAAUCAGAUACACAUUGAUUUUAGUGUAAGAGUGCUUUUUUAUAGUAUGUCUAAUUAUCUAUUCCUUUAGUGGGAAAACAAAUUAAAGAAAACGAGAUUGGAGCUGCCUCUGAACUGCAUGAUUGUAACUAUUUUUUUCUCACUCUAUUUUCUAUUUUUUCCCUUCUCUUCCCAGCCUUAAAGAAUAGAUUAUUGAUGUAUUAAUAAUGAACAUUUUAUCGACUUGUCGAGCAGCAUGAGUGUGCGAAAAUGUUAUUGUUCAUUUCUUGGCCACAUAAACGAUUAUUUGUUUUGACUUCCUUUAUUUAUUUAUUUUUAUUCUCGAUAGGUGCUGAGCCAAACCCUACGUGGGAACAUAUACUUUUUACUGCCUGUCACAACAAACACCUCCUGCUGACACCACCAAGUAGAUGUCUUCUGUCUUGGAAAGACGACUGGAAAGGGAUUCUGGACAGUAAGAGAUCUCAGUUAAACUCCACGCACCAAUAAGAUUGCCAACUGAGGGAUCAGCCAAUCAGGACACUCCAAACUGUAAUUCCUGUAUCCUUUCAGGGAGACAUUUACCCUGUGGAGAGUCAUAGUGGAGUAUUCACUGUUAACCCCCCUCUGCACCUAAAUAAUAAACGCAUAGGAUGUUCCAACUUUUAAUAUCCAAUAUAAAUGUUUGGAAAGUUCGAUUCUUCCACAUGACGGGGGAAAGGAAUGUUCAUAAUUCUGAGAAAUGGCAUAUACACAUGCAGCUUUAUAUAUAUUUUCUCUCUGGAAUACUUAUAUUGCAUGAUAUCUGUUUAACAAUCUCGGUUAUUUUAACCACUAUUCCGUGUAAUGACUUACAGUACGCACAGUAGCCAUACACACUGGUCCUGUUAACUCAGAAUCCUUUGUAUGAGACUUUUGUCUUAUUCUUAUUUUUAUUUUCUUUGCCAAAUAGGAAUUAAAUCGUUUUUAUUUUUAAUUUGUUCUGUUGAGUCCUGUACAUUUCAUAAGGUUUUAAUUCACAUAUUUGUGAAAACAAAUUUAUAACAUUAAAGAAAAUCCAUUAUACAUAUCACUAUAUAUAUAUAUAUACAUGUACUGUAAAAGUUUAACAAGAAAAAAAUAUUUUCUGUUAGCCAACAUGGCAUUAUCCCGGCACAUUGCAUGACUGGCUGCCAAUGAGGUACAAGCUUGGUGCCAUUCUGAUAAUGGGGCCCCAUGUUAUCCUCCUUUAACAAAUCCCUCUAGUACUAACAGAGUACCACCUGGGCCAGGGAUGGGCUGACAGAGGGGGCAGAUAACCUCUGCACUGCACCUGUUUGUACAAUCUGAGACAGUAAGGGGGUUAUUCGCUAAACUCUGAUUUGAAGUGAAGUGAAAGCCUUAUUGCAUCUAGAGUAGACAAAAAUAGCUGAUCUGAAAGCAUUCACCAACUCAGCUGUAGUCAGAGCUUGUCUAUUGUAGGCUAGAUUUGGAAAUUCAGAUUUAAUUUUGCUAACUUUCAGGUGCGAGGGGGACCAGAGGGCACUAUAGGGUUAGGAAUACAGAUUUGUAUUCCUAACACUAUAGAAUCCCUUUAAAAUAUUUUGCUGUGCACGCAAUCUGCUUAGAUUCAAAUGGUGCUAAAAUAUUUACCAGCAAGAGGAAGGUUUAUAGUAUAUUGAAAGUGAUUUACUAAGCAGGAAACAGCUGGAGAGCCUUCUCUCUCUCCCUUGUUCAUAAAAAGAAGUAUGCUAGAUCAUUUUAAAAUUUUCAUAAGAUUUACCAUGUCUGACUGCAAAGGGUAUUUAUAAAGGGCAAUUUUGGUGCAAAUUUCUAAACGUGGGGAUAUCUCUAUGGAAACCUAAGUAUUGCUCUUUAUACAGAACUUCAAAGUCUAAGCUUCCCACAUUAUCUCCAGCUCUGUUUGGGCAUCAAUUCUUCAACCGGCACACUCACCCAGUACUUAGGACAAUGUUGGCCUGGGUUAUAAUGAACUACGUCUUUCCUAGUCUGGCUAGAGUCAUGCAGUUGGCUGUGCAGGUCCAAAAACUCGACUGGUGCCUCAUCAUCUGGUACUCAAACAGUUAAACUUUGCGUUUUCAAUUUAACUUUCAUGUGUAACUGUUAUUACAAAUAUUUACUACUGAGAUUUGUGGUUUAUAACGUUGUGUAGAUUUGUUACAUGAGAAGUGCACUGCUAAGAUAUGACAUCCGUGAUAAAGUUGCACACACGUGAUGUAGCUUGUGUUUAUUGAAAUAUAAUCUAACAGAAUGGUUUCAAUCAGAGGGGCCCAAAAGGUAGAUCCCCAGAUGUUUUUAAACUACCGUUUCCAUGAUGCCUUGUCAUUCUAAAGGCAUGCUAAGCAUCAUGGGAGUUGUAGUUCUAUAAAAACUGGGGAUCUACCUUUUGGGCACCCCUGGUUUCAAUCAAUAGGUGUAGGCUAGUAAAUCAUAUUCUCUGUGCGGAUGACAAGUGAAAGGACCUAUAACGUUUUUUUUUAUUUUACUGUGGUCGCUAGUUUUGACAGUAACUGCACUGAUGUUUGGAGAGUGCGUGUCCCAUUUACCACAAGCUGAGCAUCAUGGGAAACGUACUCAACAAACAUUGAUUACUGGCUGUGUACUGUUCACUCAAUGCACAAAUUGUCUUAAACCUGCUAUGCCUGACCUUGAUAUUCAAUAGUUAAACCCACAGAAAUAUGACAUUAUAUAUAUUGUUAAUAAAGUUAUUGUUCUGUUUUUUGUUUCCUGUGCUUUUUAAACUGAAAUUAUGGCACUUAAAGGGAUACUAUAGGCAUCAAAACAACUUUAGCCUAGUGAAGC